AUGUCCUCUGGGGGCAUUUCAUUGGGCGUACACGCUUCGAGUUUGACGGAUUGUAAAAUGUGUAAGCUAACUGUGCUUGUGAUAUAUCUUGGAUUUCUACCUCAUAUCUCAAAUGGACAAAAGGAAAUAAAAAAUUUACCAAGUUUAGGAUGUUACAAAGCACAGGGAAAGGCUCAAAGAUGUGUGCCAAUUUUUGUGAACGCUGCCUUUGGAAAAACUAUUGAUGCCACCAACACGUGUGGACUGACAAGACCCAUGGAAUACUGUUUACAUACGAGGGUGGCGUGGAUCAGGAAGCAAUGCCGAAUUUGUGACGCCCAGAGGCCUGGGUAUAGCCAUCCCCCCGAAUUCAUGACUGAUUUUAAUAACAACUAUAACUGGACAUGGUGGCAAUCAGACACAAUGUUAGAGGGGAUACAAUACCCUGUAGUAGUCAACUUAACUCUUCAUUUAAACAAAGCCUAUGAUGUAACCUACGUAAGGCUACGUUUCCAUUCCCCAAGACCAGAAAGUUUUGCCAUCUACAAGAAAUCAACAGACGAUAGUGACUGGACUCCCUACCAGUUUUACAGUGGUUCCUGUGAAAGGACGUAUGGAAAGGAAAAGCGGGGUAUAAUCACAAAAAAGAAUGAAGGGAAGGCAAUCUGUACAGAUGAGUACAGUAACAUCUCCCCCCUGAAAGGAGGCAUAGUGCCAUUCAGUACUUUGGAGGGACGACCCAGUGCUUUUGAUUUUGAGAAUAGUACUUUACUGCAGGAAUGGGUAACAGCUACUGCCAUUCGAAUUUCCUUGACACGCAUGAACACCUUUGGUGAUGAAGUAUUCGGUGAUGCAAAAGUCCUGAAAUCCUAUUUUUACGCCAUCUCUGAUUUUUCUGUGGGAGCCAGGUGUAAAUGUAAUGGUCAUGCCGAUGAGUGUUACCUGAGACAGGGAUCCGCACCCACUUUUGAGAGAAGGGAGGUUUGCAGGUGUCAACACAACACAGACGGGGUCAACUGUGAGAAAUGUCUCCCAAUGUUCAACAAUAAACCUUGGGCCAGGGCCACAGAAACCAGUGCUAAUGAAUGCAAACCUUGUGAGUGUAACAACAAGACAGACCAGUGUUUCUUUGACUUGGAACUUUACCAGAGAACGGGUAGUGGGGGUCACUGUAUUGACUGCCGCGACAACACAGACGGACCUCACUGUGAGGAGUGCAAGGACAACCACUACCUCAGACCUGAGGAUCGGAAGUGUACCCCCUGUGAUUGUAACACCACUGGCUCUGAGAUUCUACAGUGUGACGCCGCAGGUCGUUGUCAGUGUAAACCAGGGGUCAUAGGGGUCAAAUGUGACUGGUGCAAAAACAACUACUAUGAUUUUGGACAGGCUGGAUGCAGGCCGUGUGGAUGUAAAGCCAGUGGAAGCCAGUAUCACAUUCCUAGUUGUAAUCCCUUGGAUGGGACAUGUAUGUGUAAAGAAAAUGUCGAUGGUCGCAACUGUGACAGGUGUAAGCUGGGUUACUUUGCUCUGAGGGAGGAUGAUCCUAAAGGUUGUAUCCCCUGCUUCUGUUACGGUCAUUCUUCUGAGUGUUCUAGUGCAGUGGGAUACUAUGCUUCUAGCAUUAUUUCUGAUUUUGAGACAGGAAAGCAAAGAUGGACAGCUGCAGACCGAGCUAACAAUAUGAUUGCCACUGAGUAUAAUGCACAGAACCUGGAGGUGUCAGCACCAGGAUCAGGACAAGUGUAUUUCGUAGCACCAGCUCGUUACUUGGGUGACCAGAGAUUCAGUUAUAAUCAGCAUCUGACCUUUGACCUGAGAAUUGGGGAGGAGGACUCUAGGCCCUCAGUGGUGGACAUCCUCUUUGAGGGAGCUGGUCAGCAAUUCUCCACAGCCAUCUUUGUCCAGGGAAAUGACAAGCCUUCAAUAGAAACCAAAACCUUUAAGUACAGACUGAAUGAGAGGCAGGAAUCCCAGUGGGUUCCUAGACUUAACUCCCAGGCUUUUAUCUCCAUACUGGCUAACUUGACUGGACUUAAGAUCAGAGCCACCUACAACAAUCAGGGAGUGGGUUUCAUUGACAACAUUAGGUUGGAAACUGCUAGAGCUGGGUCAAAUGGGAAAGACCCAGCCACUUGGGUGGAGCAGUGCACAUGCCCUGAGGGAUUUGUAGGACAGUUCUGUGAGUCAUGUGCUGGGGGAUACAAGAGAGACCCUCCCAAUAGUGGCCCAUUCUCUUCCUGUGUGCCCUGCCAAUGUGUUGGACACUCAGAUAGCUGUGACCCAGAUUCAGGAAGAUGUAUCUGUCAGCACAAUACAGAGGGAGAUUUCUGUGAGAGAUGUAUUGCAGGUUACUAUGGUAACCCUAAAAAUGGCUCUGAGUAUGACUGCAAGCCGUGUCCCUGUCUUGAUGGAGGGCCCUGUACCCAGCUACACAAUGGGGAUGUUGUAUGUACAGCCUGUAAAGAAGGCCAUGGGGGAAAUCUGUGUGAUAUUUGCUUGGAUGGUUACCAUGGAAAUCCUAAAGAAGGACAUGGGGUCCAUGCGGAUUACAGAGCUUGUCAGAAGUGUUUCUGUAAUAAGAACAUUGACCAACAUGCCAUCCGCAACUGUGAUUCACGAAGUGGAGAAUGUUUAAGGUGUAUCUACAACACUGAUGGAUUUUAUUGUGAGAAAUGUUUACCAAAUUUCUAUGGUGAUGCCUUAGCCAUGCCUAAAGGGAACUGCACAGCCUGUAACUGCUAUCCCCCUGGAACACUAGAGAUUAGCGGCCUGCAGUGUGACUCCAGAAAUGGACAGUGCACCUGUCAGGACCAUGUGGUGGGGAGACAGUGUGACUUAUGUGAAGAGGGAUACUGGAACAUCAACACGGGGACAGGCUGUGAGAGCUGUAAUUGUGAUCCGUUGGGAUCUUUGAAAGACGUUUGUAAUCAGGUAACAGGACAGUGCCAGUGUCGGCCAGGCGUUACAGGACUCAAGUGUGACCAGUGUCAGCCAUACCACUAUGGAUUCUCUAACACUGGAUGUACAGGUAGAUUUACAAUUCUUGGCAAUGAUGGAAAGUUAUCCCUUUGUGGUUCCAUGAACAGAGUUGCGUAUGGCAGUUCAUACAUCGAUCACAACAAGAGGGAUCAACAGAACUUUACAGCAAGUACCAGCGAUGUUUCACGUUUAGAGGAGGACAUUGCCCCUUUUGUAACUGAUGUUUUAUACGACAAAGAUUUGGAUUUGGCAGUCCUGGAGGUAGAAUUUCAAGGUGAGGUUGCACGUUCAGAGGAGGACAAGACUCCCUUUGUAACUGAUGUUAAUCAUGUUAUAUAUGACGAAGAGCUGUGUUCAGCAGUUCUGGAGGAUGAAUUUCAGGGGCAUGUUUUCAAAUGA